UGGGCUCCUUCGAUCCAUCAAAGCGCUUUGGGUCAGUGGUUGGUUUAGAACACCUCGAACCCUAGGGUCGAAUGGUUCGUCUGUGCGGCGGCGAGCCAGCACCCAUGCUGUUCGAUCCGCCCCUUCCCAUCCGUACGCCACUGGUGGUGGCGGCGGCGGCGUCUCAACCACGUCCGCUGCUCCCACCUGCCCUCAACAUCCUGCUCCUAUCCGCGACUUCCGCUACUCCUAGCCAUGACGUCCACUGCUCCCGCUCGCCGGUGCCAUCCGCACAAGCAGCCAAGAAGAAGGCCGCCGUGGACUCGGGCACAGGACGACCGGUGGCAUCCGCUGCUCUCCUUCCUCCUCCCAAGAAGGAAUGGAGGGAGAAGAGGGAGGACUUCAAGAAAAAGGUGUGGCGCAUUGUGCGGAAAUCGCAGGAAAUGUUCUGAAGAUUUUGCUGCCAAUCUCAAACUGCUCAUCUGACACAAGCGUCUUGUGUAUUUUUCUAUUUAGAGCCUGUCCAUUCGUGAUAGUUGUCCAUUUUCUUUUGCUGGUAAUAUAUGUGUUGUGAGUAGUAUUUAACAGGUCUGACCCCGGUCAAUGAAACAUGGAGCACUGCUCUGCUGCUUCUCUCUCAGCGAUUUGCUUGUUGCAAUCCCAUGCUGUGUGGUGUGUCCUGUCAUGCUCAUGCCUGCCUGCCAUUCACAACUCAUGUUUUCUAAUGAGUAGCAACUGUGUGUUUUUCUA